CAGCAAAGUGGUCUCCCACUCCAUGUCAGGUCUCACUGAUGUACAGGAGGCCAUAUUGGGAGCACGAAAUAGUGCAGAUGACGCUCCCCACCCCCAACAGGCUCACUGGUGAAGUGUCGCCUCACCUAGAAGGACUGUUUGGCGCUCUGAAUGGUUAUGCGGAAGGAGGUGUAGGGGCUGAUCUGGUACUUGUUCCACUUGCAAGGAUAAGUACAAUGAGGGAGAUCAGAGAGAAGGGGUGAAUGGACGAGGGAGUUGUGUCCCUGUGGAAAGCAGAAAGGGGGGGGGUGAAGGGAAAUGUGCGCUUCGAGGCGGGAUCGCGUUGGAGAUUGCGUAAGUUACAGAAAAUUAUGUGCUGGAUGCGGAGGCUGGUGUGGGGGUAGGUGAGGACAAGAGGAACCCUAUCCCUAGUGGGGUGGCAGAAGGAUGGGGUGAGGGCAGAUGUGCGCGAAACGGAAGAGAUGCAGUUGAGGGCAGCGUUGAUGGUGGAGGAGGGGAAGCCCCUUCCAGGUGAGAUGACACUUCACCUGUGAGUCAGUUGGGUAAUCUAUCGUAUCCGGUGCUCCCAAAUGGCCGCUUGUAUAUUGGUGAGACCUGACAUAGAUUGGGAGACCGCUUUGCUGAGCACCUACGCUGUGUCUGCCAGAGAAAGUGGGAUCUCCUUGUGGGCACUCAUUUUAAUUCCACUUUCCAUUCCCGUACCAACAUGACCAUCCGUAGCCUCCUCUACUGUCACGAUGAGGCCACCCUCAGGGUGGAGGAGCAACACCUUAUAUUCCAUCUGGGUAACCUCCAAACUGAGGGCAUAAACAUCGAUUUCUUGAACUUGCUGGAAUUCACCCCUCCCCCCUUCUCAAUUUCCCAUUCUGAUUUCCCUCCCUCGCCUUAUCUCCUUGCCUGCCCAUCACUCCCCUCUGAUGCUCCUCACCCUUUUUACUUUCUUCCAUGGCCUUCUGUCCUCUCCUAUAAGAUUGCCCCUUAACUAGUCCUGUAUCUCAUUCACCAGUCAGCCUCAUCUCUUUACUUCACCCCUCCCCCCCCCGUCCAUCAGGUUUCACUUAUCACCUUGUGUUUCUCCCUCCCCUCCCCACACACUCUUACUCUGACUCCUCGUCUUUCUUCUGUGGCCCUGAUGAAGGGUCUUGGCACAAAAUGUCGACCGUACCUUUCCCUAUAGAUGCUGCCGAGUUCCUCCAGCAUUGCGUGUGUGUGUGUGUGUGUGUGUAGCUUGGAUUUCCAGCAUCUACAGGUUUUCUCUUCUUUGUUGUUAAGGACAGCACCUGCCCUCAACUCCUCAGACCCAUCCAUCCAUGGGGACUGGGUCCCUGGGGUAGGUGAAUGAAUGACAGGGUUUGAUUCACAGGGUAAAAGCAGAGAAGCUGGGUCUGUAGUUUUGGGUAGGGGAGAUUGGAGGGAGGCAGGAAAGUUGUCCCCAUUGCAGUGUUGGUAGGUGUCAGGGUGCAGAUUUAGGUGAUGGGUGAUGCUGUAAUCAGAUAGGAUCCCAUGGACCCUUCCACCGGGGCAGAGAAGAGCCUCUGACUAGGGACUCAUUUAUAUAUCUUGUGUUUCUUAUUGUAAUUUACAGAUUUGUAUUAUGUAUAGCAAUACCCUGCUGUUGGAAAACAAUGUGUCAGUUAUAUUAAAAACGAGAAAAUCUGCAGAUGCUGGAAAUCCGAGCACCACACACAAAAUGCUGGAGGAACUCAGCAGGCCAGGCAGCAUCUAUGGAAAAGAGUACACUGGCUGUUUCUGCCUGAGUCCUUUCAUCAGGACUGGAGAAAAAGAUGAGUCAGAGUUAAAAAAGUGGAGAGAGGGGAGGAAGAACCACAAGGCAAUAGGUGAAACCGAGAGGGGUGAGGGGUGAAGUAAAGAGCUGGGAAGUUGAUUGGUGAAAUAGAUGCAGUGCUGGAGAAGGGGGAAUCUGAUAGGAGAAGGCAAAAGGCCAUGAAAUAAAGUAAAGGGGGAGGAGCACCGGGGGAGGGAGGUAAUAGGCAGGUGAGAGGGAAAUGGGAAUGGUGAAGGUGGGGGGGCAUUGCUGGAAGUUCAAGGAAAGCAAUUUUCAUGCCAUCAGGUUGGAGGCUACCCAGAUGGAGUACAAGGUGUUGUUCCUCCAACCUGAGUGUGGCCUCAUCAUGACAGUAGAGGAGGCCAUAGACUGACAUGUCAGAAUAUGAAUGGGUGGCCACUGUAUACUCCGUCUGCCAGAAAGAGUGGGAUAUCCUAAUGACGCACCAUUUUAACCUUGUGGCUCUUCCUCCCCUCCUCCCACUUUCUUACUCUGACUGCGCAUCUUUCUUUUCCCAAUCCUCAUGAAGGGUCUCGGCCCGGAACAUUGACUACACACUUUUCCCUAGCGGAGUUCCUCCAGUAUUUUGUCGAUUAUAUUACUCCUAAUUUUGAAUCUAACAUCGGAGGCACUGACUUCAAACUCCAGUGGUGCUAUUGCCUCCCAUGGUGUCUCAUAACACUCAACAACAAACACCUUGUUGAAAGGACGGUGAAUUGGGCAACUGCCCGACUCUCUGAAUUCCUCCAACAGGUUGUGCGUAGCUCUAAGUUCCAGCGGCUAAAGCCUCUAAUGUCAGUCAGGGCCCGGGUUUCGGCCCUUCAACCUCAGCUGGUUUCACUGUCAGCCCAGGCAUGAUGUACCACUGCUCCACCGGCAAUGUACCAUCGGUGAUCUAUUGACUGCCCAAGCACAUUUAUCGAUGCUUUUAGUUUCCAUUACAUCCCCAUGCAAGUGGAAUCAAUGCAGUGCGUCUCCCUCACUGGAGGACUUAUAGGUGGAGCAGUUGCUCCAUGCACCAAUGAGGAAGACUUCAUCACGGUCAGUAACAUCCUAUCCCACCUAACCUCAACAGGAGGACUUAUCGAUGCGUUCGGUGAAUGGCUGGGAGGCGCUGGAGGACUUAUCGAUGCGUUCGGUGAAUGGCUGGGAGGCGCUGGAGGACUUAUCGAUGCGAUCUGUGAUCGGAUAGGUGACUCUGGAGAAUUCAUCGAUGAGGUCGGUAAACGGUGCGCGUCACUGGACAACCUAGAAGAUGGCGGCGGUUGCCGAGGAAUUGGAGCAAAGCCUCGCCUGGUGACGGUCGGGCGAGGUUUAGGCGUGACCCACCGCCUCUUGGCCAAGACCUGUCCUCUGAUGAUCUCCCGCAACCAUUGUUCCUUUCUCCUGAGCUUGGAGGGAGUGUGCACCGUCACAGACAACCAGAGUUUGAACGGCGUGUGGGUGAAUGGAGUGCGGCUGGAGCCCCUGCGGCCCUGGGAAUUGGUCGAGGGUGAUGUGGUGCAGCUGGGGGUACCGGUGGAGCAGCAGGAAAGAGCCGAGUACGAGUACCGCCUGGUGCGCCGGAGCCCAGGUACGCCAGGCACGGGAAGCGGCGCCAAGCGGAAACUGGGCUGCGAGGAUUCUCCGACUGGGGUCCUGCAGAGAGCUGAGGGGAGCAGCAAACUGCAGCGGCUCGGGGAGAACACACACCGGCCCGACACGGUGCAGCACAGAGUGGCGGCGAGUGCACAGAGUCGGGAGGACACGGCACAACCUGGCACCAGCAGCCAGCCCCCGACCUCUACCUGCACCAACAUCUGUCAUGGAGACCAGGAUCGAGAUCCAGAAUCAACACACAGGCAUCAGGAACAGGGACUCCCAACAGACAGGGAGCAGACACACGGAGACCAGGAUCAGGAACUCUCGACAGAUUGGGAACAGACACAGGGACACUGUGAUCAAAAACUUCCAGUGGACCGGGACCCAACUCUCGGAGACCAGGAACAGGAUCGGAGAUGCCUGAUAACUCAGGAGCCAACAGAUGGAGACCAGGAACAGCGAUGUCUCACGAAUGAGCAACAACCACAGGUCGGGGUGGGGGUCGACGUUGCAGAGACACGGAUCAGUGAGGUGCUGGAGAAUGAACUGCAGUGUAUCAUCUGUUCUGAGUACUUCAUCCAGGCGGUGACCCUAGGGUGCUCGCACUCCUUCUGCCGGUUGUGUAUCAGGGAGUGGGGGCGCCGUCGGGCUGAAUGCCCCAUUUGCCGGCAGCCCAUCGAGUGGCAGACGCCCUCAGUGGUGCUGGACAGCUGCAUCGAGAGGAUGGUGUCCGGUCUGGGGGAGGCAGCCAGGAGACAGCGGCAGCAGUUACUGCAAGCCCGCAUGGGUGAGUGCAGUGUUGCUGGCAGACGGAGGGCGCGGACCCAGUGGGGAAGGUGACCUUGGGGGUGAGAGACCUGCCCUACCUCCAGACAGCCCACCUCCUCUCAUCCUUGAGAACACAGAGUCCAGGUCCACGGGUAGCAGAGACCAGCAGACCCACCUGUGACCAACAGUGGGUGGGGAGCAGCGCAGACUGGCAGUUCCACCUGAAAUUGUGUGUGUGUACAUCUGUGUAUUUGUAACGUGUGCACGCACACGUGUUUCUAUGCAUGUCUGUGCCCAUGCACAUGUGUGUGUGUGCGCGUGUAUAUCUGUACGUCUGUGUGUAUGUCUAUCAGUACACCCUGGUGUGUGUGUGUGUGUGUGUGUGUGUGUGUGUGUGUGUGUGUGUGUGUGUGUGUGUGUGUGUGUGUGUG